AUCAAUCAGAGCUGCCCCUUCGCUCACCGGAAGCUGUGUUGUUUACAUUUUCCAAGAUGGCGGCGGGGAUGUAUUUGGAGCAUUAUUUGGACAGCAUAGAAAACCUGCCCUUCGAGUUGCAGAGAAACUUCAAUUUGAUGAGAGAUUUAGAUCAACGCACAGAAGAUCUUAAAGGACAGAUAGACUCCCUUGCUAAAGAAUACACUUCAAAUGCACGGACUCUCUCCUCCGAGCAAAAGCUCUCCAUCCUGAGGCAAAUUCAGCAGUCGUACAGCAAAUGCAAAGAAUUUGGAGAUGACAAAGUACAGCUGGCAAUGCAGACCUAUGAGAUGGUUGACAAGCAUAUAAGACGUCUUGACACAGACCUGGCCCGAUUUGAAGCUGACCUGAAGGAAAAACAGAUUGAGAGCACAGAUUAUGAUUCCACUUCCAGUAAAGGGAAGAAAGGAGAUACCAGACAGAAGGAAAAGAAGUCUGCUAAAACAAGAUCUAAAGUGAAGAGCUCCGAUGAAGACGGCAGUCCCAAGAGCACCCAAAAGAAAGUCAAACUCCUUCAAACGGGAGAAUUCAACAGCCCCUCUUCCAACUUUGGGAAUGUGCACCCGUCUGAUGUGCUGGACAUGCCGGUGGACCCCAACGAGCCCACCUACUGUCUGUGCCAUCAGGUGUCUUAUGGCGAGAUGAUCGGCUGUGACAACACUGAUUGCUCCAUUGAGUGGUUCCACUUCGCAUGUGUUGGCCUGACAACCAAACCAAGAGGAAAAUGGUAUUGUCCACGCUGUUCUCAAGACAGAAAGAGAAAGUAAAAGCUGUCUGGAUAUCCUGGAACAAACACUGACAUGAUGGGGAAAAACACAUUUCUUCAUUAAUUGCUAGAUUUUUUUUGUUGUUUUACUUAACAUUUGGUGCUUUUUUUGUUUUUGUAUUUGCUUUGAUGCAGAGUGUGAAGGAUCGGGUUAUAGGUGUAUUUAAAACUGUAUUUUUUUUUUAGUUGGUGCUCUUACUGCAAUUCCUUUUUUUUUACGUUGUGUUGAAACACUACAACUGCCCUACUUUAACGGUUCAAAUUUGCAUGAUACUGGAUACUGUAUUGACAUGCAAUUUAAGUAGUUUCUCUGAAAACAAGGUGGCCAUUUAUAUUUCUUUGCCUUUGUUGUGUACAUACCUUUUACCAAGCCAUGGAGAGCUAGUUUCACUCUUUUUGUUUUUACAGUUUAAAGUGAACAAAAUGGUGUGACAAAAAUGCUGCAUCCUGAAAGUGGUAGUCAUAUUUUGGUAGUGACGAUGUAUUCAUUUUAGCAUUUUGAUUGAGUGCUGUUUAGAGUGCAAGGCAUUUUUGUGAAAAGAAUAUUGAUGUAGCUGGUUUAUUGGUACAAGGGGGAGGUGUGUGAUUGUGUUAUCAAUCAUUUAAAUACAGCUACUACCUCAAACUGUUGGCUGAGGAGUUUUUUUUACCACCUAUUAAGUUUUUGCUUGUUUUGUUUUAGUGUAUAUUUUAACAGGAUCAUCUAAAAUGGCAUUUUUAUUGAUAUUUUCUUAUAUAUCCUGAGAGCGAGAUCCUGAGAGUGUAUUUUUGUGUUGUGCCAUGGAAAGGACAUCCUAGGCUUUCUAGUGAUCUACAGUUUGUUGGGGUUUGUCCAUGAAAUAGAUGAUCGGUCUUAAGCAACUUAAAACUCUUACAAUUCAUCCAGUUGCUGCGUUUUAAACAUGUUUUUUAAGCACAAUUGUUUCAAGAAUAGUUUUUGAGUUGCUUUUUGUAACACAGUUAUUUGGAAGAUAGUGAAAACCAUGGAGGACGCGAGGAUGUUUACUGCUACU